AUGGCUGCAGGCAGUGCGCAAGCCAAACGUGGACAGAGCCUUGUUGAGGCCCGGGAGUUCUUUGACGACCCUGAGUGGAUUGGCAAGCUUGCCGAAUCCUUGCCAUUUCGCGAGCUCCUUCGCUACCGCUUUAAGGGCAAGGGACACAUCAACGUGCUAGAGGGUGAUGGGCCGUCUCGCAACCGCCCCGUGGCAAGCCCUACCAAAGAGGUUCCCCUUUGGUUUUCUGACCUGGCCGCUGGCAAGACAUACCGUUUCGACAUCAUGCUUGCUGCAGCCCGAGUCCCUCGCUUGCCCGGUCGCUGGCUUCGGCUUCUCCUGCUGCUAGCGGGGGAUGUGGAGAGGAAUCCGGGGCCUGUCACCUUCAGGGCUCCUUGUGGUGCUCUUGACUUGUCGUCGGGUUUUGCAACCACCACAAAGCAGAAGAUGACUAAGUCCCUUGAUUCUGGCUGGGAAGCACGUUGCAGCUUUCCCUUCCUGCUGUACUCUCCCAUGCUCAAAGUGUACCUUCUUGUCUAUGCCAUCACUGCCGUGCAAGAUCGCUGCCGGGAGCUCAAGGGCCAUCUUACACCCGCAUGGCAGAUUGACAAAAAGUGGCAGUUGGCCGAACCUGGCGAAUGUCGCCCCGUGAUCUCGCAACCUGUCAUCCAAGCUGCUACCGCUUUAGCGCUCUGCUGGGGUUGGCUGGACUGGGCCGCAGUUACCUUGAUCGGCUUCCUGUGUAUGCUGCACCCGUCAGAAAUCAUCCCCCUGAAGCGCUCCGACCUUGUGCUGCCUAGCGAUGCCAUGUCGGCGGAUCGCGUGGCUUACGUGCACGUGCGCAAUCCGAAGACUGUUCGGUUUGCCCGGCGUCAGCAUAGCCGCCUCGAAGAUCCCACUGUCCUGGCCUUUGUUGAGCAGCAUUUUGGCCAUUUGCCCUUGCAAGACCGCCUUUUCCGGGGUUCUAUGCAUACCUACCGCAGGCAAUGGAAUGCUAUAAUGAGUCGCCUAGGCGUUCCGCACACUUUGGCAGAGAAAGGUGCCACGCCCGGAGUCCUCCGCGGCUCCGGGGCCACUUUCUUGUACUUGGAAACGGAAGAUAUAAGCUUGGUUGCUUGGCGCGGUCGCUGGAGUAAGAUCAAGACCGUAGAGUUUUAUCUGCAGGAGGUGGCAGCUCAGCUCUUGCUACAGCAAUUGCCUCCAGCUGCCCGAGCGCGCAUUGCUGAGUUGAGACGCUUUGCCGGCCCUCUCCUUCUCAGCCAUUGCGCGAACAAUUGUGGUGAUCCACAUGUGAAUCAAGGAGUUCCUGCCUACCUUGUCGAGUGCCUGGGCCCUGCUCGAAAAGAGCUCAACAAAACCUUCGUUCUUGCGGUGGCAGUUGUUGAUAUGGUCACUAUUCGCCAUGAUGCUGGUUCAUGUUUCAAACAAGCGGAGGUGCGCAAGUCCUGGCUUCGGCUUGGUGCUCGAAUCCGUUGCCGUGGUGCUCGAAUCGACUGUUUUGGUGCGCACAUCCGCUUUCUACCCAUCAGCCACAGCCAACGCUGGCGGUUCCAGUGUGCAAUGAAUGUCGCCUGCAGUCCAUCUGCCUACCCAGAUUCGGCCCUCGGUGCCGUUGGCGGCUUCGUCGGCGGCGUCUUUGGCGGCGUCUUCGGAGGCGUCAUCGAUGGCGUCAGGGGGGUCGCCUGCAACUCCGGAGAGCCAGACAAGGAUGCAUGCGACGACGAGAACAUCUUCGAGCAGCGUGCUAAGCUGGACCAGGUGCUUCAGUUCUUCGAGCUGGAGUAUGAGAAGUUCUCUGGGUACUUCGAAGAUCCCCAGAGGAUGGAAAGCAUGCGAGUGGAAUACUACAACUGCAUCAACGCGAUCGAAUUUCAGAAUGAAGUGCUAUCGCAACUGGUCGAGGAGCUUCUCGGCUUGCGCAGUGCCCUGCGAAAGGGUGAGGCACUCAACAUGUCGAGGAAGGACCUGUCAAUUCGUUUGGCAAAUCUCAAGCUGGACAUCUCGGACAGGAAGACCAAGCGCUUCUUCAAGGAGAAGGAGCGCAGGCAGUUGGUUGAGACGCUUAGCCCGGCCAUUGCGGAUGCCAAAACACAAAGGCUUCUGGCGGAACAGGCAGCGGGCUCUCAAGUGGAAGUCACCCCCGUGGAUGUGGCGCCUGCUGCUGCCAGCAUGGAGGCAUUUGCUUCCGACUGCGACAAGCAUCCGUCCUCCGGCACUCGACAGAGGCGCUACAAGCACUACAGCGACGCAGAGUUGGCGUCGCUGCUGCGCGAGAAG